AUGGAAUUGGAAGCUUUGACAAGUUUUGUCGAAGAAAUUUUCAAGCUACCCUUGUCUGUACCUUGGAGCCUCGUGUCCAUUGGUGAAGACCACAUGCUUGCUGGUCUGGACUUGAGACGUGGUUCAGAGACCAUGUGCCUUGCCGAUUUUUCUAGAACAGCCCUGUGGACGCUUUCGGCUUUGCCAAACACGGGUCAGGCCGGAAAGUCUAGGAGUGGAAAUGCGUAUGCGGGCCGUCAAUCAUUAUAUGAAUGCACUCAAGCAAUCUACAGCCGCAGCAAGCUCGAAAGCCCGCGGCUAGGCGCAGACACGUCAAUGUUUGCCCAGGCUCGAGCAAACUUGUCAAAGGCCAAGUUUGUGGAGCGCGGAUCAUGGUUUCCUGUACAUUCCAGGUUUUGUGUUUUUCCUGCUUUCACUUUCACCACUACGUGGCGACCGCAAGUCGUAGAGGAUUUCUGA